AUGGCCCUGCUGCUGGGCACCGUGGGCCUGGUGAGCCUGCUCUUCUGGGCAGACCAGACAAUAAAUGCCUUGAUGCCUAAUGCCACCCUGGCACUGGCCUGGACCAAAGGCACAACUGUGCAUUCUCUGAGUGGCCUGGGGGUGUCCUGGUACCGGGGGAAGCGCCACAUCUCUGCCCAGGACAUGAGUGCCUUGCUGGAUUAUCACAACUACAUCCGGGCCAGCGUACACCCACCUGCCGCCAACAUGGAGUAUAUGGUCUGGGAUGAGCAGCUGGCCAGGUCUGCUGAGGCUUGGGCCACCCAGUGCAUCUGGGCCCACGGGCCCUCACAGCUGAUGAGAUAUGUGGGCCAGAACCUCUCCAUCCACUCUGGCCGGUACCGAUCGGUGGUGGAUCUCGUGAAGUCUUGGUCUGAGGAGAAGCGCUAUUACUCGUAUCCAGCCACAGGGGACUGUCACCCGCACUGCCCCUGGCGCUGCAGCGGCCCUGUCUGCUCUCACUAUACCCAGAUGGUGUGGGCAUCCUCCAAUCGGCUGGGCUGUGCCAUCCACACCUGCAGCAGCAUCCAUGUCUGGGGCAGCACUUGGCAUCAGGCCACAUACCUGGUCUGCAACUACGCCAUUAAGGGCAACUGGAUUGGCGAGUCACCUUAUAAGACGGGGAAACCGUGUUCCGCCUGCCCCCUGAGUUACCAAGGCAGCUGUAAGAGCAACAUGUGCUUCUCGGGAGUCCAAUCCAACAGGCUCCUGUGGUCCUGA